AUGCCAGCUGAUAAUUUCUCUGAUAUUGAGAUAUCCACCUUCUUCUUGAUUGGCAUCCCAGGGCUUGAGCAUUUCCAUAUAUGGAUUUCAAUUCCUAUAUGUCUCAUGUACCUCAUCGCCAUCCUGGGCAACUGCACCAUACUCUUCAUUAUCAAGACAGAGCCUUCACUCCAUGAGCCUAUGUACUAUUUCCUCUCCAUGCUGGCUGUAUCUGAUCUGGGCCUGUCCCUCUCUUCCCUGCCCACCAUGCUAAGGAUCUUCCUAUUCAAUGCCACAGGAAUCUCACCCAGUGCCUGUUUUGCCCAAGAGUUCUUCAUCCAUGGCUUCACUGAUAUGGAGUCCUCAGUCCUUCUGAUCAUGUCUUUUGAUCGCUUUUUAGCCAUCUGGAACCCACUGAGAUACAGCUCUAUUCUGACUGGAGCCAGAGUCUACAAAAUGGGACUAGUUUUUGUAAUUAAGAGCAUGCUUUUGGUGCUCCCAUUUCCCUUCACUCUAAAGAGGCUGACAUAUUGUAAGAAAAGUCUCCUGUCCCAUUCUUAUUGCCUACACCAGGAUGUCAUGAAGUUAGCCUGUUCUGAUAACACUGUCAACUUUUUCUAUGGGUUCUUUGUUGCUCUUUGUAUGAUGUCUGACAGUGUAUUCAUCGCUAUAUCAUACAUACUUAUCCUAAAGACCGUGAUGGGUAUUGGUUCCCACAGAGAAAGGCUCAAGGCCCUUAACACCUGUGUGUCCCAUAUCUGUGCUGUUCUCAUCUUUUAUGUCCCCAUCAUCACUUUGGCCUCUAUGCAUCGCUUUGGUAAGAAGUCGCCCUUGGCAUUGAUCCUCAUUGCAGAUGUUUUCCUGUUAGUGCCGCCCCUAAUGAACCCUAUUGUGUACUGUGUAAAGACCAGGCAGAUCCGGGAAAAAGUCCUGGGGAGGUUGGGUCUCAAGCAGAGGUGA